AUGUUUAGUGCAACUAGAACCGUACUACAAAACAUUGUAACUGAUGGAGCAAAUUAUUCCCAACAUGGUGAUGCCGAUUCUGCUUAUACCACCAUAACAUCCUUUCAGUUUAUUUUUAUCCUCCUUUUGAUGAAAGAGAUAAUGGGAGUUACCUAUGUUCUUUGUCAAGCUUUAGAACAAAGGUCCCAAGAUAUAUUGAAUGCUAUGCACUUAGUCUCAACAACAAAGCACCUGCUUAAGAAGUUGAGAGACAGUGGAUGGGAUACUUUUCUAAGGGAUGUUAAUUCAUUUUGUGAAAGUAAUGAAGUUGAGAUGCCUGAUAUGAAUUCUGCUUACAAAGUAGGUCGUGGAAAUUCAAUUCAUCAAUCACGGGAUACUAAUAUCACAAUCGAACAUCAUUUUCAUUUUAACAUCUUUAUGAAUACGAUUGACACACAACUAAAAGAGUUGAAUUGCAGAUUUAAUGAACAGACGUUGGAACUCCUAACUUUUAGCUCUGCUUUGGAUCCGAGUGACUCAUACAAGUCAUUUAAAGUAGAUCAUAUUUGCACUCUUGUUGAUAAAUAUUAUCUAGCAGACUUCACGGAACAAGAAAGAAUGCUUUUGAAGUUUCAGUUGAACCAUUAUCAUCUGGACAUGACUAAGCAUGAAGACUUUUGUCAUUUAUCCACUCUUACAGCACGAUGUGAAGGAUUAACAGCGACGAAAAAAGCAAGCGUAUAUUUCUUAGUUGAUAGGUUGAUUCGUCUGAUUUUACUCCUUCCGGUUUCUACAGGUACGACUGAACAAGCCUUUUUCAAUUAUGAAGCUAACGAAAACUAG